AUGAUUUCGCAGCUUUCUAUUAUUUGUAUGGCAAUAACCAUUUGUCAAGCAGGCAUAAUCCAAUAUCCUCAAUACCCUGCAAAUAGUCAUUCUGCCAUAGAUUAUUACGCUUAUCCCAAGUAUAAAUUUAACUAUGGUGUCAAGGAUCCGUAUACAGGGGAUAACAAAUCGCAGUAUGAGGAGAGAGAUGGUGAUAAAGUUAGAGGAAGUUAUCAGGUUCAUGAUCCAGAUGGUACCAUCAGGACAGUGACUUAUACAGCUGAUGACCAUAAUGGUUUUAUUGCCCAUGUAAAUAAAGCAGGAUACCAGAAACAUCCCUCUACUUAUUUAACACAAAAAGGUGGUUUAUCAGAAUAUGGUCAUUAUUAA